CUUCCAAAAAAAAAAAAAAAAAAAAAAAAAAAAAAAAAAAAAAAACAACCAUUUUAGAUACCAAUCAGUGAUACACAUUUGUUAAUACAAUAUAUCCAUAUCGUUCACUUUCACCAUCUUCUGUGUUUAAACACACUCCCAAAAUAUACAUAUACGGGAAAAAGAAAAUGUUGCCGACUGAGUCGCCGCUUAUCUGGGAGCCCGAGUCGACAGCGAACUCGUCCUCCAGCUCCAGCCCCAAAACGGCGCCGUACAAAGACGCCGGGAAAUCGCGAUCGCCCGACCCGGAUCAAAAACGGGUCAAGAGACCGAGAGACAACAGUAACAACGGCAGCAGCAUUAACAGCGAGCACCCGGUUUAUCGGGGGGUCCGAAUGCGGACGUGGGGAAGAUGGGUGUCCGAAAUCCGCGAGCCCCGGAAGAAGAACCGGAUCUGGCUCGGAACCUUCUCGACCCCGGAGAUGGCGGCGCGUGCUCACGACGUGGCGGCGCUAACCAUCAAGGGAGCCUCCGCGAUCCUCAACUUCCCCGAACUCGCCGGGUCCUUGCCCCGACCCGACUCCACCUCCCCCCGCGACGUCCAGGCUGCCGCCGCCAAAGCCGCCUCGAUGGAUCUGCCGCUUCCGGUUCCGGUUCCGAUUCCCAGCCCAACGACACCGUCUUCCUCUUCUUCUUCAUCGUCGUCGAUGGCUGCCACGUCAUCGAGCUACGACGUGUCGUCGUCGCCGGAGGAGCUGAGCGAGAUAGUGAAGCUGCCGAGUCUGGGGACGAGUUACGAGUCGCCCGAGUCGGGGAGCGAGUUCGUGUUUGUCGACUCGGUGGAUUGUGGGACGUGGCUUUAUCCUCCUCCGGCGUGGUAUAAUGAAGGAUUUGAGGAUUAUUAUUAUCAAAUUCAAAUGGCAAUGCCAUUGUCAGAGCCAGAGUGUGCCAUUCCCUCUUCUGUUUUUGAGCCUUUUUUGUGGCAACAUUAAUAAAAAAAUAAAAAGAAAAAAGAAAAAUUUGGGCUUGUCUAGUUUGUUUGUGUGAUUUCUUUCUUCUUUCUUCUUCUUCUUCUUCUUCUUCUUUCUUCUUUUUCUUUUUC